GCUAGUGUAUUAGGCAUAGCUUCGUAUUAAGAUACAUGACAUAAUGUAGGCCCUACCACCGAUGCUUUACGCUUGAAACUACUCCUACCCUUCCGAGCUUUCGGACUUUGCGACCUUACGCGUUCGGCUUUGCAAACUUCAUAAGGAUAGACUUUUUGAGUUUUAUUCCUUGCUAUGCCUCCGAAAUUGAAUAUCUCUUUGACAUGUUGCCUAGACGGGACUUCGACCUUGAGACGCGAAAAGUCGCCAUGAAUUGGGCGAUCGACAGCACGCUCACAACAUGGUCUCUCCCUAGAACGACUGGUGUAAAGUGGAAAGUGCAGGCUAUUCAAUGUAUAGACAGGCUUUAUAGACCCAGGAUCAUACAAACAAAACUAUGAAUUGCACUAAUAGAGGGUUUUGUUUCGGCACAAUGGGUGUUUCGUGAGAGAUGGACGUACGUUGCAUCAUCUCCUCAAUCUCGAGCUCCUACUCACACACCCAACGUGUCCAUCUCUACAGGCGGGCCCUCAGUCAGGCAUUCCUAAUUUUACUAAUGUCCACUGACGGUCGCCUCCCCCUGAUAAGCUUACUCAUCACCAACCCAUUCCCAAGCCCCACCGUGGUCCCAAUCGUCCCAUGUCCGCUACUCACACACCCCGCCUCUCCCUCCAAAUCCCCGUUCCGCAUCUUCCUUUCCACAGCGAAGCAGCCCCAUCGGCACUUUCACAACAACAGGCCUACCAACAUCCAGCACCGGCCGGCAUCACCUUCCCACUUCCCAUAUCUCCGGCCGCUCUUCGCCAAAAUCGACCAAGUGCAUGGCAAUGGCUUUCUUCACUGCAAUCCACCUACUUGCGGCUUGACAUCCCCCGGCGUCGGCGAGAUAACCCCCACUGAGAUGCGCCCGUCGCGGUCGUUUGCGAUGUCCACAGGUGCGCCUGCGGUGUCUUCAACGUAAUCCUGGUAGCAGUGGGCAUCUCCUGAAGCUCGUACAGCUUAUACUCCGGCUCCCCCCACAAUACCCCACC